CCCGCAUUAUUUUUCAUUUCUUUCUCAAUACAAUUUAGAGAAAAGAAACCCUAUUUUCUCAAACCCCUUUCAUCUUUCUCUCACCCUUUCUGAUCACCUUCUUCUCCCAAAAGUAAUCUUCAACCGCAACCUCUCUCAACCUCUCACACUCUUACAUUCAGUGUCUCUCACCCUCUGCUGCUCUUAUGCCUCUCUAACGUUUCCGUCAUCUGAGUAUUUCCCGGAUAAGGAUUUCAAGGGUGAAUCUUUUUUUUCCAUGGUAUUUUUUUUUUCAGUUCAAUGGUUUUUUUGUUUUGUUUUGGGUUUGUAUAUGUUAUGCAGAAGAGCUUGUUUAUUUUAAUUAAUACAAGUUAAAUUAAAUGUUUGUUUUGGUAUAUUGGGUUUGUAUUACGCUUAGAAGAGCGAAUUGAGCAAUUUAUAAUCUUAUUUCUUAAUAAUAUGUUAAAAAACAUAAAAUCGACACCUUCUUUUGCAGAAUAUAAGUAGUACCAUUUGAAAAUCUUUGAUUACUGAUAUAUUAAUUAUAAAAUUGUUAAUGGUUAUGGGCUUUGAUUUUGGUGUGUAUAAACUAUGCAUUUUCCGUGUUAAGAUAUGAAAAUGGUAUUAAGAUAUUCUUUUUUGAAAAAUCUAAUUGUUGUUUUGAUUUGGUAUAUAAUUUGUUGGUUUUAGUUGUAAAUGGUAUGGCUUAAUGUCAAAGCGGUAGAAUAAUUGUUGAAAGGUUGAGGUCGACAAGCAUUUAGGCCUCACUUUGGGUCAAAAGCAAGGUGGUCUCACUCAGGCAAAGCAAAUCAUUAUUUCUCUCUGCUUUCUAUUUGCAUAUGUUUACCGGUAAAACUUUGGAAAAAAAAGAAGUAGAAAGAAAAUCUAGGAAGCUUUGUUCCCAUUUUUUGGUCAAUUUCCUUCUGCAAGCAAGUCUUAUAGUUGGUGUUGUGCAUUGAAUUAGGUCUUAAUAUGUUUGAGUGAUUCAUAUAAUACCAACUAGUUUCAAUGGUAUUUGUUGACAAACUGUGGCUGCAUUCAAGGCUGGCAAUUUUCUUUGAAAGUUUCAAGUUUGUAUCAAACACGAUAUUAGUUUUUCUUUUUGGGCCUCGUUUUUUUAGUAUAAAUAAUUAUUAAAAGUUAAAAACUUAAGCAAUGCUAGAUAAUAUAACAGAACAAGCAUAAUGGAUAUUCUUUGGCUGCCUUCAAUGAUCACAUGUUUUCCAUGGAACAAAUCCUAUAUAUUAUAUGAUUAUCCAAUUAACUUUAUGGUUUUUGUACGUGAUAUGCGGCAUAGUGAGGACACAGAUGAAAGAGUUCCAUGUUACAUUAUGACCAUGGUACUACCAAAAGUAGGCUUAACUUAUGAAUAUAGACACCAAAGGGAUUUGAAGGAUCUUUUUGCAGAAGUUGCAUCCUCGGCCAAGAUUGGUACAACAAAGAAUGAUGUUGCCACCUAUCGGAGUGCCUGUGGUGGUCAUGAAAUUCGUUGCUCUGCUUCUUAUGGUUAGAGUUGGGUAUUUGUACUUUGAGUUAUACAUGUAAAUUUGCAUAGAUCAGAGUGUCUAUAUUUGUGUUAUAUAUAUAUAUUGAAUAUUGUAAAAUUGUAUAGAUUUAAGUUUGAUUUUUCACAGAUCUAAAUAUUGUAAAUUUAUUGAUAUAUAUUGGUGAUGUUAAGUGUAUUUUAUUUAUUUGUGACUUUAGUAAUUUUGAUAUUGGUUCUAUUUUA